AACUUUUAAGGCAGAAGGAUGAUAUAAAACCAAGCUCUGCUUACCAGCAAGGCACCUUCUCUUGUGUUAGGAGCACAGAGAGCUUUUCCACAAUGAGCUUCACUGGAAAAUACGAGCUCCAGCACCAGGAAAACUUUGAGCCCUUCAUGAGAGCCCUCGGGCUCCCUGAGGACCAGAUCCAGAAGGGCAAGGACCUCAAGAGCGUCUCAGAAAUUGUGCAGGAUGGGAAAAAGUUCACGGUUACCGUGACCACUGGCUCCAAAGUGAUGAAAAACCAGUUCACCAUUGGGGAGGAGAGUGAGAUUGAGCUGAUGACUGGAGAGAAAGUGAAGGCUGUUGUGCAGAUGGAGGGAAACAACAAACUGGUGACACAGGUGAAAGGGAUGAAAUCCGUCACGGAGCUCAACGGAGACACCAUCACCUACACAAUGACCAUGGGUGACCUCACCUUGAAGAGAGUCAGCAAGAGAAUCUAGAAAUAUUACACAUGCCAGUAGUUUACCAUGUAAAAUGUGGCCAUUAAAAUAAAAAUUUUUUGAAUCCUC